AUGGAACAAGGCAACGGGACCCUCCCACCUGUAACCUGGACAAAUUCUAGCCAGUCCCCCGUACCCACGAAGGAUGUUCAGCUGGCCUCAGCCGGGCUUCUGUUCCCCACUGUCCUGGUGGGUCUUGUGGGGAACGGUCUGUACCUGUGGGUGCUGGGGUGGAAGAUGAAGAGGACGGUGACCACGCUCUGGUUCCUCCAUCUGGUUUCCUGUUCUCUCCUCUUCACCCUGCUGAUCCCCUUCUUCAUCAUCUACAUCCUGAUGGGUUUCCACUGGGCCCUCGGCACAGCCAUGUGCAAACUCAUCAGUGCCUGCAUCCAACUUGGCAUGUUUUCUUCAGUCUUCCUCCUCACCCUCAUCAGCCUGGACCGCUACACCUUCACCUGCCACCCUGUCUGGUCCCAGCAUCACCGCACCGUGCACGAGGCCAAGAAGCUGGUUGCAGGGGCGUGGCUGGUCUCCUUAGCCCUCAGUGCUCCCUAUCUGGCUUUCCAGGAGACCAGAUUGUUGGGGAACGGCAGAGUCACUUGCACAAAUUAUUACACUGGCACUGGAGACCAGGCUGGAGAUGCCUGGAAGGAGCACAUGUACCUCGUGCUGUUCAUGAGCCGGCUCCUGCUGGGCUUCCUGCUGCCCCUCUGCGUCAUUGCAGGAUGCUACGUCCGGAUGGGCCUGACAAUGAAGGAGAAGGGACUGGCCAGGAGCGGGAAGCCCUUCAAAGUCAUGGUGGCAGCGGUGGUGUCCUUCGUCUUCGGCUGGCUGCCCUACCACCUCUACUACGGCCUGAUGCUCUUCAUUGAGGGGCCCAAGUCAUUAACUGCCACCUUCCAGCUCAUUUGUGUCAUCAUGUUCUGUGCCAACGUCUGCUUCACGCCCGUCCUCUACCUCUUUGUGGGGCAGACGUUCCAGCAGGUCUUCAGAGCAUCCCUGAUCUCUCUGGUCAGAGCAGCAUUUUACGAGGAUCUCGACAGCGAUGGGUUGGGGCCUCAUUCCCAUGGGAGGACCCAGCGAGAAACUGACUGCAUGGAAGUAUAG